CUGCGGUUCGAUACUGCGCUCCUCUAGCUAGUGUCGCUCCAAUAAUUUUCCAUUUUUAAUAAGCGUUUGGAUUGACUAGUGCAUCCGUGUGACUGCUUUGGGUGUUUUCCAGCACAGUAUUUUUAACAACACGAACAAUAAGCUGUCCAACCGUCUCGUCAGGGUAAUAAAAAUUCGGCAACAUACGCAAUGUAGACGCCCCUACUUGUAGCGUCGUUGAAAAAUAACUGGCAUUUGGUUGUGUCCGUGAGAUUCAACAUGGAUUGAAAUAUCCUAUUCCUUUGUACAAAGCGUUUGUUGUGAAUAAUGCUGGACUGAAUUGCUGUACUUUUUAUUACUGCAUUUAAUCCACAUUCGCAUUCUGCGCGAAGUAUGCGGUCGAGUCAUUCGAGAUCGAUGCACGAUGUCUUUUUUUUUUUUUUUUUUGCUUCUCACACGUAGGUCCUGGUACAGCCGACGGCGGCAAACCGAGUCUCUUGUACGGCAAGAUGGUCAUCUGCUCGGUGCGCCAGGACAGCUCCCAGAACCUGUGGGUGCGCCUGCCCGAGGGCGUCUGCCACGUCUUCGUCGCCCUGGGUCUGACGCAGUCCGAUGGAAGCGUGCAAGAAGGCCUAGCCCUGAGCGUGGAGCGGCUGCGGGCGGUGGACGGGGCCCAGGCGCUCGUGUCCGUCGACUACGCCGUGCUGACGUCCAACACCGACGGGUUCGGCCGCAGCCUGAACACCUUUAUGGGGAACGUGCCCGCGCGCUUCAAGCGCCACUUCGACGGCAUCGAGGUGCGCGGCAUACCGGUCGCCGACUACACGGACGCCAGCAAGAUGACCGCGCUCAACACCGCCAUCGGCGUGAGUCCUUGCGCGCUAAUUCGUCCGGGUCCAGUUGAAAUUCGAUUCGAAAUUCUCCACCAGUGUUCGAGGCAACGCAACAGGACGGGAGACAACGCAGACGCUUACUCAAGACACUCGCAUUAUUGCAGCGAAUAUGUGCGGGCAUUUUCGCUUUAG